AUGACAAGGAUAAACGUGAAGCUUAAAGGGGCCCCAGAUUAUGAUGAUCCAGACUUUUGGGAUACCCGCUUCGCGACAAACUCUGAUGUGGGUGAAUGGUUGAACUCUGGUGAAGCGCUCCUAGAUGCAGUUCUAUCAGACUUGAAGAGCCGAUCUCUGGCACAAAUUGAGGCGGCAAGAACCCCUCAUGUAUUGCACCUUGGUCCUGGCGUCUCAAAACUUGGAAAUAAGCUACGAGAUCAAUUUAUUGAGCGUCAGUGGCAGAGCAAUGGCAUCGUGAAUGCUGACUUCUCUACUGAAGCUGUCCGUCGAGGCCAAGAAAUGGAAUCUAAGAGGGGACCGGCACAUGCCAUGCCCUGGUUGCGUGUCGAUUUACGGUCCUGGAGUGAUGUCUCUACUCUAUCUGAAUUUGCUCCAUUCGAUGUGAUUCUCGACAAAAGCACUAGCGAUGCUCUAGCCACUUCUGAAGACCAUCAAUUAUCGCGUCAAAAUGACUUUUUGACUAGUUGCCCGGCUGUUCAAAAGAUACUGUUAAAAAACCCCACGAUCACACUGAGGCCCGUGGAGCUACUGGCCUUGCAACUGAUUCCUUUGACCCAGAAAGGCUCGACAUGGAUUGCCUUAUCAUACUCGACUAUGCGAUUCGAUGGACUUCAUCACUUAUCGGAUCACUGGACACUCCAGGCUCGUAUCCCAUUGAAGGCACCUGCAGGACCCGUUACCCCUUCGACUUAUGCACCAGAAAUAUUUCAUUGGAUGUACAUUCUCCAGAGGCGAUAA